CCAACAUAAUCAGACUAAUCCAGUGUACCAAAGAAGGCAGUUAGGGCAUCAAAAUCCCCGCCAUUUUCCUGUUCUGCUUACUCCCUUCACUCACCCAGAGUCGGCUCUCUGCUCUCACCAAUGGCCACAAACGAAGAAGAAAAAUCAGAGACUCCAAUUUCUUCAAAGCCCAGUCCAAGCCCCAAGGACAUUGUGUCCCACUCGCCGUCGUCACAACCCAAGAAGAACGACACCUCUCCGCCUUCUAAGGUGUCGUUGAGUCCCAAACAGUUCAUCGUCUCAGCCGCGGCCAACAUCUCCUCUCAGCCUCUCCCGACCAACGAUCCGAACGUUUGGGGCGUUCUCACCUCUAUAUCCAACAAUGCCCGCAAACGCCAGCAGGGUAUGAAUAUGCUUUUGACUGCGGAUGAGCAUUGCAUUGGCCGAUUAGUAAAGGAAACAAGUUUUCGAAUUGAUUCAAAUUCAGUAAGCGCGGUACAUUGCAAGAUAUAUAGGAAGAGAGUGACCAAUGAAGAUACACAGCAGUCGUCCAAUUGUUCUACAUCUGUUUUCUUAAAAGAUACGAGUACAAAUGGGACAUAUCUUAACUGGGAGAGGUUGAGAAAGAAUAGUCCUGAAUUUAAAAUGCAACAUGGAGACAUCAUUUCAUUUUCUGCUCCUCCACAACAUGAACUUGCUUUUGCAUUCGUAUAUCGAGAAGUUCUUAGCUCUGUUCACCCAGCAGAAGGUGCAUCUGCAAAAAGAAAAGCAGAUCAUGCGGAUGAACUUACCUGUGAAAAAAAGAGACUAAAAGGUAUUGGCAUUGGUGCUCCUGAGGGUCCUAUAUCUCUUGAUGAUUUUCGGAGUCUUCAGCGGUCAAACAAGGAACUCAGGAAGCAAUUGGAAGAUCAGGUGCUUACAAUAGAUACAUUACGUAAUGAAAAUCGCACAACUAUUGAGCGACAUGAAAAUGAAAUCAAAGAGAUAAAAGAAGCAAUUGCGAAGUCAUACCUUGUCCAGCUCAAAGAAUUGCAAAUUCUGUCGGAUGUUAAGCAAAAAGAGCUUGUAGAGGUCAAUAGGAUAUCAGCUGAACAAAAGCAUGCUAUAGAAGACCUGAAUGAAAGACUUAGUGCUUCCAUGCAGUCAUGUACUGAAGCAAAUGAAAGAAUGAAGAGUCAGAAGGCAUCUAUAGCUGAACUUAAGGUUCAGUUAGAUGAGGAGCGAGACCAAAGGCGAGAAGAACGAGAACAGGCUUCUGCUGAUUUAAAGGCUGCAGUGCAAAGAGCUCAGCUUGAGGCUCAAGAGGAACUGCAACGACUAUCAGAUGUUUAUUUAAAACGGGAAACAGAGCAAAAAGAAGUAAUUAAUAAGCUUGAGGAAUCACUGAGACAGAGCUCAGCACAACUGGAAGAUAUGGUGGCCAAGCUGGAAGACACUAGGCAGAAAUUGGUUAAUUCUGAGAAUAAAGUUCGCCAACUGGAAAGCCAAGUUUGUGAAGAACAGAAGGCCUCAGGAAAUGCAAGAAAAAAAGUGGAAGAACUUGAACAUGAAAUGAAAGGAUUGAGGAAAGAACUUGAGACUGAGAAGCAGGCGGCCCGAGAAGAAGCAUGGGCUAAAGUUUCUUCCCUUGAGCUUGAAAUAAAUGCAGCAAUGCAUGAUCUUGAUUACGAGAGAAGGAGGCUAAAAGGUGCCAGGGAAAGAAUUAUGCUUCGAGAGACACAGCUACGAGCAUUUUAUUCUACAACUGAGGAAAUCUCCGUUCUGUUUGCAAAGCAGCAGGAACAACUGAAGGCAAUGCAGAGAACUCUGGAAGAUGAGGACAAUUAUGAGAAUACAUCAAUUGAUAUUGACCUUAAUGUACCACUGAAUCAGAACUUAAAUGGAACCAUAGUUAGAGAAAAGGCUACUACUGGCUAUCAUGACAAUAGUACCACAAGGAGAGGCUCCACUACUUCAGCUCAGAAAGUUAAUGGUUCUAAUGAUGAAGCCAGUGUUACUGAGAAGCAUGACUGUGGUAUGAGAAGUCAAGAUGUUGGUGAAAACACGCAGGAGGCAGAAUAUACAAGUGCUGAUCGUUCUGUUAAAGGUGUCUUUGGUUCUGACAUUGAUGGUGUUUGUACAACACCUAUUCUAGAAGGAGAUACCAUUGGAACUGAGCGUGUUCUCGAAACUGAAAGCUUGGGAAUCGAGGUUGAACCAAAUAUUGAUUUGAACAGGUGUGAAACUCUAGGUGGAGAUACAAUGCAGUUUGAGUAUGAAACUAAUGCACAUGAAAGUGAUGAACGGAUCCAAACAACUUGCCGAGGUACUUCUGUACAUUCUCAGUCGAAUAAAACUCAUGAGACUAAAAAAUCCACAGAAGACACUGAACCUGGAGACACGAUCAGGACAGCUGACGGUGGUGAGAAUGAAUCACCUAAAAUUAGAGACAAUGAUAAGGAUUGUGCCAUGGCUUUGCAUGGUUCUAAUGGUCUGGUAACUGAGAGUCAAAGUACAUCUUCUGAGGGUGUUACUCCUAGGAUUAACGAUGAACGUCAAGCAUUGAGUGAGAUGAUUGGGAUUGUUGCUCCUGAUUUAAAGGAGAAAUUUGUGCUUGCUGCUAUCUCUGACUCGGAUACUGAAGAUUGUGCUGACAGCGAGGAAGAUAAUUACAAAAUAGUUGCAAAGUCUGGAACAAUGUCAGAUGCAGAGACAGAGGGAAGCAACCAAGCUGAUGUUGAUCAAAAGCAUAACGAUCUAAUGGACGAUGACGACGAAACUACAGGUGAAGAUUCCCUCGGGUAGCAGGCAUGCCUAUAUGGGUAUGAAACCAUGUUCAUAUUGAACAUUUUCACCUCCUUUUCAGUUUCCAGUCUGUAUGUAUUCAUUUUAGU